AUGAAACCGAGGCAUCCAGGAAUAAGUCAGAAUGGGGACUUGGCAUCUCAAUUGAAACGCCCAAGAGCUCCAGAGCUCUCUCUUGCAAAUGACGAUAUCCUCAUGCCGGAAACCCCUCCUACUGAACCCCAGUCUUCCGGAACUGAAAUGAUAGAAAACAUGGUAACGAUGGAUCCUACAGCUCACAAAGCAUGGGACUUAGGUCCGUUCGCUCUGAAACCUGUCUCUACCGAUGAAGAUCAAAGCACAAUGUACCUUGAAUUUCAUUGGUUGAAGAAGGAUGCAUGGCGUGACCCAAGAGUACCUAUCGAGGAGCUCUCUACAAAGCCAGAAUUACCAUCAGAUCUGGCCAUAAUUGUCGACAUGUCCGUUGGUGCUUUUGACGACAAACACUUGUUCGCACGAGCCGAUGAUGACGAUUAUGACGGUGACGGGCUCUGGUAUGAGGACAGUAUCUAUUCGUCUGCCUUUGGCAGCGAUGCUGAUGUCAAUGUUGAGCCUACAAUGGAGGAUGUUGUCGAGUCUAUUGAGAAUUGCUGA